UUUCAGCAUUUUCUGCAGGUUUCGUUCAAGAACGCUCAAAUCACCAUUUUCUUCUGUUUCAAAAGGGAAAAAAAAAUAAAAAAAUCACCAUUUUCUUAUUAUUAGGCCUAUGCGCCUCUAACGGUCUACGAUAGUCCAGAGUCCAGACCGGUUUUAGUCUCCGCUCCGGUUCGCAAUAACAGAAGCAAACUAAAGAACCGACAUAAUAACAGAAGCUUUCUUCUCUUCCUCUUCUCUCUCUCCUUUCCAUCUUCUCCACGACUCAUUUACAUGUCGAACCCUAACCCUAAUUCUGACGCUGAAGCCUUGAUUGUGCAUUGAGAAGGAAACAAGGUUUUAGCCGGCAAAGAGAUGGAGGCGCAUUUCAAUCACAAUCUGUUCGAGAGACGACCCAUUCUCAAGUCCAAGACUCCCGCUGUUAAAUGGAUCAAAGAAUGGGUUCCCCAAGAUGUUGUAGCGACUGGUGGGAAGUGCUUUCUCUUAAAAUGGGUUACAGAGGGGACAUUGAAGGCGUUGAAAGAGAAGGCAAAAGAGCCAGAAGUACCAGAACCAGAACCGGAGCCAACAACAGAAGUGCUUUUUCUUUGCAGCUAUGAAGGCUGUGGAAAGACGUUUAUUGAUGCUGGUGCUUUGAGGAAGCAUUCUCACAUUCAUGGGGAGAGACAAUAUGUUUGUCAUUAUGAGGGGUGUGGAAAGAAAUUUUUGGAUAGUUCAAAGUUGAAGAGACACUUUCUUAUUCAUACAGGAGAAAGAGAUUUUGUAUGUCCCCAUGAAGGCUGUGGUAAGGCAUUUUCCUUGGAUUUCAACCUAAGGUCACACAUGAAGACGCAUUCGCAAGAGAACUAUCACAUUUGCCCAUACGCUGAUUGUGGGAAGAGAUAUGCUCAUGAGUACAAGCUAAAAAACCAUAUUUCGUCUCACCAUGAAAAGAGUCCGGCUGUGGAUGUGACAAAGUAUGCCCCAGCUCCGGAGAAGCCAGCCAAAACGCCCAAGCCUGCUGCAGGAGUUUAUGGUUCAGCAUCAUCCGACCGCCCGUAUGCUUGUCCUUAUGAAGGGUGCGAAAAGGCCUAUAUCCAUGAAUACAAACUCAAGCUUCAUCUGAGGAGAGAACAUCCUGGGCAUAUGUCUGACGAGAAUGCUGAGAAUGCUGCCACAACAGCCAAUGCUGAUAAUGAGAUGGAUGAAGGCAGUGACCAAGAUGCCUAUGGUGGUGGGAAACGUGUGAAUGGCAAAACCCAAAAGCAAAACAAGUUCAAACCAAGUCUGAAGUUACCUCCUGCAAAAAUUGCGCAACGUAAGGGCUCGACUCCAUCUCCUGCUAGGGUGAACAUAGUGAAAAAACCAUGGCCAGUCAAAGAUGAAGUUUACGAGGGAGAAGACAGUGAAGAAACGGAGGAGGACCGUGACAACGUUGAAGAUGGUUGGAGAUAUGCGGAAAACCACGAGGAUGAUGAUGAAGAAACAGAAUAUGAGGAUUGAAGACUUUUUUUUUAUUU